UUUUUAAAGUCACUGAUAAGCUAACUGUACUGAUUUUAAGUCAGUCAAUGGGUUAGAACAGUGGUUCCCAACCUUUUUGGCCUGUGACCCCUUAAAAUCGUCAUCACAUGUUGCAUUGUCUACCAGUUAACUUACCUAUUACUGUCUUGAUUGAUGGGAUAAUCAUUUUGUUCACAAAAUGUCAGAAAAUAGCAAAAAAAAUAUCUGUGAAAGUUUCUCUUCAUUCAACUACUGCAGUUCAGACUGUCUUUUACUUUGCUUUCCUUGGCUGUUGAGCAGGGGAAUGAGGCGGGAGAGAGCUCCCUGAAGGAAUUGAUCUUGCUCUCUUUGAAUUUCCUCCCUUUGUUCAUUUAUGGGACAGAGUGCAGAGGAGGAGAGAAGAGGGAGGGACUGAGAGCAGAACUUCACUCUGCCUUCAGCUGUACAGUUCAGUGUCCCAUCCUGCUCCAUAGACACAUAAGACAAACAGACACAUAUAUUUGCAUCGAUUGAACCCUGACAGACAGGGACACAGAUUGAUAAAGACACACAUUCUGUACAUACAGAGAGACAAACAAGAACUCAGACAGACAGACAGACAGACAGACAGACAGACAGGUGGUGUCAUGGCGUCAGUGGACAGCACUGGUUCGAGUGUCUCCAGACGGCUGAGAUCAGGGGAUCUACUUCAUGCUGGUCUGGCAGUUGCACUGCUGCUCGGUCCAUGGAGUGUUGGUGGACUGGUGGUGUCUACAGGGAGAGUGUCCUCAAUUGAAGCAAUGAAUGGCUCCACAGUCCUGUUACCCUGCAUCUACUCCUCCUGUAUUGGCAUUAAAAACCUCUACUUCAACUGGCAGUUUAAUGACAAUGGAACCAAAUACAAGUUGUGCGACGCAGUAAUUCCUGACGAUGGAGAGGUGCCCUGGGUGCAUGUGUACCAAGAUCGUGUGGAGUUUGUUGGCUCCUCAGAGAGCAACAACAUCUCCAUCCUACUGUGGAACAUCACCUUUGAAGAUGAGGGAGAAUACACCUGUUUCGCCAGAAACCCAAAAGAGAAGGGCCACAACCACAGUGCUAUCUUCACUCUUAUAGUGGUGGACCAAAUGAAAGAGGUUGACAAUACUUUGACAGUCAUCAUUGUCUCAGUGCUGGGCGGAGUCAUUGGCUUAGUUAUCAUUGUCAUGGGUAUAAAGGCCUUGGUGAUUCACUUCCAGCUGAAGGAUGAUUAGAAGAAUAAAGAGUGCCUGGUGAGCUCCUCAGGGAAUGAUAAUACAGAAAAUGGACUUUCAGGAGCCAAAGCUGACAACAAAGGGACAGCCUACAUUUAUCAGGCUUAGUUUGUUAUAUUUGUCCAUUUUGUACAGUUAUCUGGCUCUAUCAGUCACCUUCUGUGAGGUGUCUUGCAGUUCAGUGUUUGAUGUGUACUGCAACAUUGCGAAGACUGAGAACUAUACAGACAGAUAGACUAAUAUUAGGGUAGUUGAUAAUACAUUUGUGCUACUAACAAUCA